AUGCUCAGCUCUGUCGCCAUGAAAUCGUACUCGCUCGCUGAAGUUGCUCAACAUAGCACCAGAAGCUCCUGCUGGGUCGUCAUCCAUAACAAGGUCUACGACGUUACUGAUUUCUUACCCGAGCACCCGGGGGGCGCCCAGAUUAUCCUGAAGUAUGCAGGAAAAGAUGCUACUGGCGUCUACGAUCCGAUACAUCCGCCAGACGCACUUGAAAAGAACCUUCCCAUGGAGAAACACCUGGGACCAUUGAAUGAUGAUGCCGCUGGCGCCUUGGCCCUUGCUCAGGAAAGUCGACCCAAGACGAAAGAUGAACUGCGGGUAGAAGCGGCGUUAAAGCAGCGCCUUCCUCUUCAUCGAAUUCUUAGUCUUACCGACAUGGAAGACGAAGCAAAGAAGGUCUUGUCGCAUAAGGCGUGGUCCUACUACAGUUCAGCAAGCGACGACGAGAUAACCAAAAUCGAAAAUGCGAAGGCAUUCUCAAGAUUCUUCUUCAAACCACGAGUGAUGCGUCCAGUGUCACGCUGCGAUCCCUCCACCACAAUCCUGGGGUACAAGUCUCGUAUCCCUGUCUUCGUGUCUGGCGCCGCACUGGCGAAACUUGGACAUCCACUUGGCGAGGAAAACAUCACUCGCGGAGUUGCCUCAGCUCCACUGAUCCAAAUGGUAUCCUCCAACGCAUCAUUAUCAUACGAACAAAUUAUCUCCGCGGCCUCCCCCCACCAAGUCCUCUUCUUUCAACUCUACAAACACGCCAACAAUUCCAUCGCUGAGAAGCGUGUACGUGAAAUCGAAAGACUUGGGUACAAAGCCAUCUUCCUCACCGUCGAUGCUGUCGUCCCCGGAAACCGUGAGAGGGAUAUAAAAAGCCCAUGGGUUUUGGAAGACACUGAGCGCCGGUCGACCGAUGCCCCUCGAAGUUUCGAAGACGUCGAGAGAGACGAAGAAGAAGGGAAUACGUUUGGAACUGCAGGGGCGCUGAUUGUCAACGACGACAGGGAUAUGACAUGGGAAACAACCAUACCCUGGCUUCGAAGUCUUACCAAACUUCCAAUUGUCGUCAAGGGCAUACAAUGUGUCGAAGAUGCAGUACUUGCUGCCAACGCUGGUGUAGACGGUAUUUUACUCUCUAAUCAUGGCGGUCGACAGCUUGAGUACUCCUUGCCACCUCUUGAGGUGCUGUAUCGAAUUCGCCGGCAGUCUCCGCAGGUAUUCGACAAACUCGAGGUCUAUAUCGACGGUGGAAUUCAGCGUGGCACAGAUAUCAUGAAAGCUCUGUGUCUAGGGGCCAAGGCUGUGGGCCUUGGGAGGCCAUUCCUUUACGCCCAAUCAGCGUAUGGCGCCGCGGGUGUCGCUAAGAUUGCUCGAAUAUUGGAACGCGAGCUUAUCACCGCCAUGCAGUUGGCUGGCGCUGCCAGCGUGUCCGAUCUGACGCCAGAAUUGGUUGAGCGGGUGGACUGGCAGCCCACGAUUCGUUCCAGGCUAUGA